AUUUAUCUGUGAUCCAUGGUGGAAUCCCGUAAGUUUUUGUUAGACCUUUUUUUAAUUGGAAGAUUUUCUAAAAUAAUUUUCUAUUUCCUUUUAUGACACUAGGCUGCUGAAUUACAAGCAAUGGAUCGUAUUCAUCGACUUGGUCAACACCGACCUGUCCGAAUCACACGUCUUAUUAUUGAAAAUAGUAUCGAAAGUAGAAUUGUUCAACUUCAAGAAAAGAAGACAGCCUUAAUGAACAGCACAGUUGGUAAAAUGGAAAAUGCUUUGGAUAAAUUAACAAUUGAGGAUUUACGCUUCUUAUUCGUGAUGUAAAAAAAAAAAAAAAAUACUCAUGCAUACGUGUUAAAAGCAAACCAUCCUAAGGAUGAUAUCAUUAGCAAUUUUUUUAAGAAUAAAUAAAGCGCUCUC